AAGGGAUUAAAAUUAUCAUCACGCGCCAUCUGUAGCGUUUGGAAAAAGUGGGUUUCACGCGCUUUUGCGUCUUCCGCCUGCCCUAAUCGACUCUGUUAGAGAAGGCGAAGGAGAGAGAAAUUCCUCCGAUAAGAUUCCGUACAAUCCGAUCGGCCGCCUCCUGAUCUCGCCGCGACUCGGUUGACUCGUCUGCUCUCGAGCUUGGAUCUUGUUUGUUCAAGCUACGAACCCUGUUGACUCUACGAUUAAACGAUGGAUCCAAUGGAUAUAGUUGGCAAAUCCAAGGAAGACGCUUCGCUUCCGAAAGCUACGAUGACUAAAAUCAUAAAGGAGAUGUUACCCCCAGAUGUCCGUGUUGCUAGAGAUGCUCAAGAUCUUCUGAUUGAGUGUUGUGUAGAGUUUAUAAAUCUUGUUUCUUCGGAAUCAAAUGACGUUUGUAACAAAGAGGACAAACGGACGAUUGCCCCUGAACAUGUUCUCAAGGCACUACAGGUUCUUGGUUUUGGAGAAUACAUUGAGGAAGUCUAUGCUGCGUAUGAGCAACAUAAGUACGAAACCAUGCAGGACACACAGAGGAGCGUGAAAUGGAACAGUGGAGCUCAAAUGACUGAGGAAGAAGCAGCAGCUGAGCAACAACGUAUGUUUGCAGAAGCACGUGCAAGAAUGAAUGGAGGUGUUCCGGUUCCUCAACCUGAACAUCCAGAAACCGAUCAGAGAAGUCUACAAAGCUAAUUGAAACUGUAAUGAUAAGCUUUCUUUGAAUCGAUAGGCAAAAAAAAAAAAAAAGCAUCCUUUUAACCUUCCCUUGUAAGUGCAAAUGCGCAUGUCCUCUGUUUAUAUGCUCUUAGUAUAAUCUAAGUUAGUGUUUUAUGAUCUAAAAACACUUGAUGAUUCAGAUGUAAUUAGUAAUUAUUUCCUGUUUUGUGUUACACUUCUGUCGUAAGAAAACAUGGUGGGUCAGGUCUACAUCAAAGCCUCCGAUUCAAUGAGUUUACAGAGGGAGUUUGAUUAAAAUUCCUAAUGUUUGUAGAUUGGGUGGUUUUAGUGAUUUAGUGUAAUUGUACCAUUAAUAUAAACCAAUAUUUGUAUA